AUGUCUUUGCUUCUCGUCACUGAUGAUGCUGACGAUGAUAUUUCAAAUCACUCAAUAAUUAAUCAACAAGAAUAUUUCUAUAAACAAUUAAAAGAACUUGAAUACGAUUUAUCAUCAUCAUCAUCAUUAUCAACAACAACAACAUCAUCAUCAUCGUCGUCAUCAGUAACAUCAAUUUCUAUUGUCGAAUCCUCUUCAUCGAUUAUCGUUAAAUCUAAUAAACAUUAUCGACAACAUCGCCGGCGGCGUCGUUGUCGGCCGCAGCAAUGUUUGGUGCAGCAUUUGCUCACCUACAUGUUAACAUUGCUUAUUCUAACCAAUCAUCUUCAUUGGUCAGUCAUAUUUUUAUCAUUAUCAUCCAUAAAAAUCAUGUCAACACAUGCAUCAACAAUAUCAACAACGACUCUAACAUCAUCAAAUCAACUAACAAUAAAACGUCCACUAUUAACGCCGUCCACAACAACAAGACCAUUAUUGAAACAGGACGAACAACAAUGUUUACCAAUAGAUGGUUCCGAAAUCGAUCGAAUAUGUUCAAAAAAAUGUCGUGCCCGAAAGACUCCAUUCGAAAAAUUCGACAAUAUAAGUCGACCUUUACUCAAUACAAAUUAUUUACCAUUUUGUUCGAAUUUUUUACAUCAAACAAUAAUGAAAGAAGAUUUUUUCGACAAAGCAACAGAAAACGAAUGUCGAGAAAGAUUAAAUCAAAUUAUAAUAUUCGACAAACAAGCUCAAGAAGCUUCGAAAUCAUUUGCUACUUAUAUGGAAGCAAUAGAUUGCGCAUCAAUCGAAAAUCGUUAUUCAAUUAUCACAGCCGAUUGCGAACAAGCUUACCGAACAUGGGCUUGUUCAGUCACAAUUCCAUAUUUUUAUCGGAAUCAACAAAUACCGCCUUGCCAAACGAUCUGUGAUGAAGUCGAACGUGUCUGUCCUACAUUUCGACCGAGUGAUCGUGAACCAUUAUUUGCUGGACAACCAUUAUUUUUUUGCGAUGGUGGUAUUGUGACAAACAGUGAUUAUGGCCAUAGACCUCAUUGUUUUGAUUCAUGUCAUGUGUUUCAUGGUUCACUUCAACGUCCUUCUGCUUCGACAUCAUCUUCAUUAUCAAAUAAUUCUUCCUCUCCUACUUCUCCGUUAUUUAAACUUGUCGAAGACAUUGUGACUACACCGCCUUGUUUUGAAAUUGAACCGUUAUCGCCUUCUUUAUCUCAACAAAUAACAUCAUCAUCGAUAUUUGUCGACGAAUCGAUAUCCAAUAAUAGAAGUAAUACAUCUCUUUCUUCAUCAGCUAGAACGAUUAUAUCGUCAUCAUGGUCGUCCAUUAGUUUAACUUUUAUCGUCGUUUUCUCAUUACAAUUAUUAUGA